CAUUAUUUCGUGACUUGAAGAACUUAUUACCACCCUUCAACUGAGAAUCUGUAAAUUAGCCCAUCUGCAAUGAUAAUGGAGACCAGGGUGUUCUCUCUACCAACAUGCUCUGUACAGAAGACAACAUCUUCAUGAUCAUAAUAACUGGAGAAUUCCUAAUAGGAAUUUUGGGGAAUGUAUACACUGGACUGGUAAACUGGAUUGACUGGAUUAAGAAGAAAAAGAUCUCCUCAACUGACUAUAUCCUCCCCAGUCUAGCCAUCUCCAGAAUGUGUUUGCUCUGUAUAAUGAUAGUAAAUAUCAUCAUAAUGAUCUCUCCCCAGAUUUUUAUGAAAAUGCUAAACUAAAAAGCCAUCCUGCAUAUCGUCUGGACAGUUGCCAACUACUUAAGUAUAUGGUUUGCCACCUGCCUCAAUGUUUUCUAUUUCCUCAAGAUAGCCAACUUCUCCCACCCACUUUUUUCUCUGGCUAGAGGCAGAAUUGACAGAGUGAUUCACUGGAUUCUGCUGGGCUGUUUGGCCAUCUCCUCCUUGGUCAUCCUUCUAUUGGCAAUGACACCAAAUUAUGAUUAGGAGUUUCAUAAAAUUGCAGAACAUAAAAGUAACUGCACUGAAAUGUUCCAUGUGAGUAAGAGUCAAUUCUUCAACCCGCUGACCCUCUUUAACCUGCUGGCAAUUGUCCCAUGGACUGUGUCAUUGAUCUCACUUUUUCUUUUAAUUGUGUCCCUACAGAGACAUGUCAAGCAGAUGAAACCCAGUGUUCCAGGCUGUGGAGAUCCCAGCACAGAGGCCCAGGCGGGAGCCAUGAAAACUAUGACUUCAUUUCUCUUCCUCCUUUUUGUGUGUUAUGAGGUUUCCCUUUUGGCGACUUUUAGCCACCUUAUGAAAGAAAGCAAGUUCGCUGUGAUGUUUGGAGAAGCUAUACCAAUUCUCUAUCCUUCUGGUCAUUCACUCAUUUUAAUUAUUGGGAAUAACAAGCUGAGGCAGGCAUCUAUCAGGAUGCCAAGAUAUGGCAAAACGGCCUGCAUGAUGUAAAAUCUUAGCUUUAUACGUAAACUUGAAAACCAAAUCGUGUUGCCUAAUAAAAAAAAUACAUUCUUGUUUCGUCCUGUUAUCCCAUUUAUUUUGGGUACACAUCUUGAAGUGUUCUUGAGGCCUAUUAGCACAUGAAUGUAUAUAUCCUUUCUGUGUCUUUACACCCCAGAUUCUCACCUUCACUCUUUCCUCUGAGAAUUUCAGAGCUCACACUUAUUCUUUUUGCUGCCUUACUGCAGAGGUUAGGCAUGUACUGCCUAGUUACUUUCUUUUAAGAUUUGACUUUGGCCCAUGGGAGAGUGCACUGAACUGCACUGAUUUUUUUUUCAUUUUUUCCCUAUCACAUAUUUUCAUUGCUGACCCUUAAUUUUGCCCCCUUGGUGGCUCUGUUGGGUCAUUCCCAUUUGGAUUAUUAACUAGGAACUCGGAUCUCCCCUGUCCCGUGUCUGGUUCAGUUUCCCAGUUAUGUAUCUGUCUCCUCCCAAGUGAGUGAGGCUUUAGGUUGUCUCCUACAUAAUAUAUUCUGGCUGACCUUAUUCUGGAACCUCCUAUUCAUUUUCCUUGAAAUUAAGUUUCUGUACAAACAACUUGCUGUUCAGGCAGCAGUAGGAUGGGAACAGAACUCAUUCAAGCAUCUCUCCCUAAGGGUAUUCCUAAAUGCUCUUCACAAUCUCGGUAAAAGGAUGGGGGUAAGUAAUAUCAAUCAGACUGCUUUGCUCAGGUUCCUUUCUUAAUAAGACCUGCAAGGGUUCUUACCACUCAAGACUCUAGAAAAGCAAUUCAUUGAGAAGAAAUUAGCAUACAUUGUAGAGUAACUACAUUGUAGAGUUACAUUGUAGAGUAACUACAUGCUAUCAGCAAAAAAGCAAUGUAUGCCCAUAACACAUACAGAGUAAAUUACACGCACACAAAAAGAAGAAAAAUAAAGAGUCACUACAAAAACCUCAUUCUACCGUGAACAACAAAUCCUUCGUUACUAGAGUAGCACUGAAACACUUGAUCUGGCACGUCUAAAUUCACGUCUGUUCCGAUAAUGACUGUGCAUUUCAGCUCCCGCCAUUUGCUAUGUCAAAUUCUGGUCUAUUUCAAUCUACUCAUUUCCUUUUGUUAUAACUAAAAUAUUAAUUGCCUGAAGAUUAUCAAUUUUUCUGCAUAUGAUGAUGUAAAAUUCACUCCGUGAAGUCCCAAUGUUUACAGUCUUAUGUAUAUAAACUUAAUCAACUAUAUUUCUAAUAUCCUAGCAUUUCGGAUGCUAUUUG